AUGUUAAAAAACGAUCUUUUAGUGGAAGGAAUCACUAUAAUGAUAAUUAGUCUAAUAUUUUUGAUGAUUGGUUAGAAUUGGAAACUUUAUAAAGGAGAAUUAGGAAGAAAUGGAAAGAAUGCAAGAUAGAGAUAAGAAAAAUGUUAAUUUUCAGAUAUUUUGACAGAUUCAGAAUUCAACACUUUAUUAGAUGAAACCAAUUAUUAUGNCAAUAGUGAUAAUCAUAUUAAUCAAUACAAUUCUGAAAAAUGA